AUGACUGAAAGCCAGAGGGCAGCCAACCUCAUGGAUGCCCAAGAUAAAGCCGUGGCGCUCUUUGAAGAGAUCGAGCGCGAUCUCAUCCGUCCUGGUAUCACUGAAAAGACCUUGAACGAAGAAAUCUACCAACUGGGAUUUGACCGGUACGGCAUCAAGACUCACUGGCACAAGCGAGUCAUUCGCAGCGGUCCAAAUACCUUGAUGCCCUUCUCAGAAAACCCUCCAGAUCGUGUGAUUGAAGAAAACGACAUCCUAGUAGUUGACCUGGGUCCAGUUUUCGAAAAAUGGGAAGCUGAUUUCGGACGCACCUAUGUUCUCGGAACCGAUGAGCACAAGUUAAAGCUCCGGGACGCACUUGAACCCAUCUGGAAAUCCGUCAAGGCAAAGUACAGGGAAAAUCCUGACAUGUCUGGUGAACAGCUAUAUGAUAUUGCGUGCGAAGCUGCUACGCAGGAUGGCUGGGAUUUCGGUGCCGAUAUUGCUGGGCAUCUGGUUGGACAUUUUCCCCAUGAGAGAAUCCCUCAGGAUAGAAUCUCUCUAUACGUCGCCAAGGGAAAUAAAUCCACUAUGAACACGGCUGGCCGGGAUGGAUUCAAGCGGCAUUGGAUUCUGGAAAUUCAUCUUCGUGAUCGUGUUCAUAAAUAUGGUGCUUUCUAUGAGCAACUCCUGACAGUCGAUUGA